AUGAUUGCCUCGUGGGCUUCACGUUGUUUGCCCGGCUUCAGUAUCAUUGCUCUACUAGCCCUGGUCGUGUUCAGUGCAACUGAUGCUUUCCCGUUUCCAUGGAGCAGCGAUCCUCCUGAGCCAGGCAGACCAGGGGAACCCCCUGUGCUCAACUUAGCGCAGACGAUAUUUGUGAUAUAUACGGUUUUGGUCCAUCUGAAUACGCUUGCCUUCACAGGCCGCCUAUCCUGGGCCCUGUUGCAUAUUCACAGGCAAACCAACAACGUGCUGAAGCGCCGAACGAACCAGCCACGAGAAGCGUCGUCGCCUCGGUCAAGUGGAGCUUCCAUCGCGAGCGAUACCUCCUCACUCGAUGAUGUCUCUCUCCUCCCUUAUGCGGAAUCCCAGCCAAUCCUGAACGACAAGGAUAUCGAAGAAGAGGUCGUGCAUGCGAUCAUUAUCCCGAACUAUAAUGAGGAAAUCCAUACCCUGAGAAGUACGCUGGAUGUCCUGGCAAGCCAUCCCAGGGCGAGCUCUCAGUAUGAGAUAUAUCUCGCCAUGGAGCAAAAGGAGUCGGGAGCUCCCGAGAAAGUAGAGAAGUUGAUGUCUUCCUAUGGAAUGUCCUUUUCUCUCCUCCAGGCCACCUUCCACCCUGCCGGUCUCCCCUCGGAAAUCGCAGGUAAAAGCUCCAACGUAGCUUUUGCGGCCCGGCACAUUGGACACCUGCACCGCGCCGAGCUUAACUCGGGCUACUGCAACGUAAUUGUCACGGUCAUGGAUGCCGACACAAACCUAUGGCCGGACUAUUUCACGGAGAUUCGCCGUCUGCAUCUCACGCACGUCACGGACGCGGACCGCACCCUCUACUCCUGUCCCAUCAUCUUCGACCGCAACUCCACCGACAGCCCGAUCCUCGUCCGCUGUGCGGAUCUUCUCUGGGGCUUUGCCGGCCUGUCGACCAUGCACCCGAACGCCAGCAUCUCCAUCCCCACCUCGGUCUACUCUCUGCCCCUGACGCUGGCCGAGAAAGUCGGCGGCUGGGACAGCGACCCGACCUCCAUCGGGGAAGACAUGCACAUGAUGCUCAAAUGUUACUUCGAAACCGCCGGCAACCUUGUCUCGCGCGUGGUCUACGUGCCAGCCAGCCAAUGCAACGUCUCCAGCGACCUCCCGCACCGGGGCUGGCGGCGGUCCCUCGACACCUGCGUUGCGCGGUACCGACAAGCCCUGCGACACAUGUGGGGGGCGCUGGACUCGGGCUUCGCCGCCCGACGAACCCUCAGCUACUUCCGCUUCCACCCGCGGUGUCUCUUUCUGCGUCCCCGACACCUCGCCCUGCUGCAUCUCCUCUGGGAGGCGCACUUCCUGCCCUGCCACCUCGUGAUCCUGCUUCUCUUCUCCACCGUCUCCGAACAGCUCACCCCGCGCGAGGCCUUGCACCCGGACAUGGCCUGGGCCUUUUGGUUCACGGGCCUGCUCCGCGCCGGGUCCUUCGUCUGGAUGAACCUCUGCCUCGUCCUGUACGAACGGUGGUACGCCGUGUGUCUGCAGACGCGGAAGACAGACAUGCUCGCGGCGCAGGUGGCGGAUACGGGGUUCUCGGUCCGGCGCUGGUGGCAUCUCCCGAUGCUUCUGGAGCGGCUUGUCUUUCCUGUUGCCGGCAUGGUCUUUGGCGCGGUCCCCACGGUGCAUGCUGUGUUUUCGCACUUUUGGACUGAUCGGUUGGAGUACCGGGUGAGUAAGAAGCCGAAGUUUGCCAGCCUAGUCUAG